AUGGUAGACGCAAUUAUCCACGUAGUAGGUGCUUUAUGUCAGUGCGGUCUGCUUGUGGCAGAAGUAAUAGAUGUAAGCAAACGAAAUUCAACAACUGAUAGUACAAUUAGCUCAACACGUUAUCAUCGAGCUACAUUGACCACAACCAGUGACCAAAUAUUUGGAAAAGAAGUUGAAAGACUUGUUAACAUUGCGUUUUCAACUGGUCAGACCUUUCCAACAAUGAUGAAAACAUAUUUAGAAGUCGUUAGUUAUAUAAAAAAAGAACUGGCUCAACAUUAUUCAAAUGAACAAUUUAUCGUCGUUAUCGGUCGAAAUUCGUUCGAUUUUCAGAUUGAUUAUGCGCAAUACAUGGCUGUUGUUGAACAAAAAGACUAUAAGGUAUUAGUGUACUCGAUAAAGGAAAAUUUAUCCACUAAAACAGAUACACAUGAAGCAGAUAGCGAAACAUCCAUCAACUGGUAA